CUGGGAACUGUCAGUCGUGGCGGGAUUUGGUGUUUUGUUAUUGUUUAGCGAUCGGUCGUACGGAUGGAUAGAGCUUCGAAACGGCUGGAAAAUGGAAAGUGUGCUAGAUUUCAGCGUUAUUUGCCAUACCUGUUUAAGUGUAACGCCGAGUACGAUAUCGGUGAAGAGUACAGAUCUUAAGUACAAUGUCCCGCUCGCCACAAUGAUCAACAAAAUCAGCGCAUUCGAGCGCCAAGACAACCCGAGGCUUCCGGACAGAUUGUGUUUCGUGUGUGCGGAACAGCUCCGGAUCGCGUACGGCUUUCAGCAGAUGUGUGACGAUUCGUACCGGAUUCUUCUCAUCCAAUUGGAGAAACAACCGGAGCCAGUAGUACCAAAGGAAGAACCCGUCAUCAUCGACGUGGACGCGCUAGGGAUGUCUGAAACUGAGCAGGAUGAAAGCGAACAGAAAGAGAUUAAACAGCUUGAGACGAAGCAUAGUGUGGCGAAGCAGAAUGAGACGAAGCAAAUUGCGCCGAUACUGAGUGAGGUGGCGAAGCCGAUUGAGCCGAAACUGAGCGUGGUGGCGAAGCAGAUUGAGCCGAAACAGAAUGAGACGAAGCAGAUUGAGCCGAUACAGAGUGGGUCGAAACUGAAUGAGACGCGGCAAGAUGCGCCGAAACAGAUUGAGCCGAAACAGAUUGCGAUGGAACCGAUUGUGAUGGGGCAUGAUGUCAUAGAGCAGGAUGCCAUGGAGCAGGAUGCCAUGGAGCAGGAUUUCAUCGAGCAGGAUGCCAUGGAGCAGGAUGGCACGGAACAGUACGACACGGAGCAAUAUGACACGGAGCAGUACGACACGGAUCAGUACGACACAGAUCAGUACGACACGGAGCAAUACGACACGGAGCAAUACGACACCGAGCAGGAUGACACGGAGCAGGAUGACACGGAGCAGAAUGGCACGGAGCAGAAUGGCAUGGUACUCGAAAAUGGCUUUAUCUCGCCUAGCACCUCCACUGCACCAAUGAGCUCAAUGAGCAGCGAUGUACGAAAAUCAGAACUAAGCGAACUGUUGAACGAAGCCGAAUACCUCGAGGAAUAUCUCAUGGCCGAUCCCGAAGAGCCAACCGAAGAGCAGUUCCCUAAGCCAGCCCCGAUCGGCGGUGCCACUGUAGCGGAAGCGGAAGACAAUAACAAUGGCAUCGAGGACGAUCUCCAGUCCAUAGUCGUGCCCGGCGAGGAUGGAAUACGCGAAAUUCAGAACCAAUGCCACGUGUGCGGGCUCAUUCUGAGCAAGCUGGCGCAUCUGAAACGCCACAUGAAGGCGCACGCCGGAACCAAACCGUUCAAGUGCAACGUGUGCUCGAAGUCGUUCUCCCGUGCGGACAAUCUGCGGGCGCACCAAAGGAUGCACACGGCGGAGAAGAACUACAAGUGUCCGCUGUGCGACGAACGCUUCAAGCGUGUCGAUGCGGCCAAGGCGCACAUGGGCUCGGCGCAUCGCGACUUCGUGGAGGCCAACUACCACGUGUGCACGGUGUGUGACAACUUCUUCAAGACGGACGAGAAGCUGAUCGCGCACAUGGAGCUGCACAGGGGCGUCAACAGGCUGGUGUGUGACGUGUGCGGCAAGCAGUUCGUGGGCAUGAUGGCGUACGAGGCCCACCUGCAGCGGCACGCGGCCGAGUCGGAACAACCGACCACGUACUCCUGUGCGCACUGUGACAAGAAGUUUUCCAGCAAAGCGUACCUGUUGAUGCAUAUGCGCUACAUGAUGGCAAACAAAUGCUUGGAGUGCAAGUACUGUGGCAAAAAAUUUGCACGCCAGAGUGAUUUGAAGUCGCACGAAGAUUACCAUACCGGGAUCAAGCCCUUCACCUGCAAGACCUGCGGGAAGAGCUUCCAUCGUCAGUGUACGCUCGUCGUACACAUGCGAACGCACACGGGAGAAAAACCGUUCCAAUGUUCGUACUGUCCCAAAAGCUUCUACCAGAAGAACGACAUGCUGACGCACGAGCGGCGCCAUACGGGUGAGCGGUACCAGUGCGAAUUUUGUGAGCAAAAGUUUAUUCACCUGCACCUGCUGAAUUCGCAUCUGAAGGUAGUACACAACCAUGACGUGGAUUGCCGAAAGCGGGGUGUGAAGAAGUUUUUCGACGAACCCGGUCCGACGGUUUUUGCGGCGAAGGAACCGAAGCCCGAGUAGCAGUGGAGCGGUUGUGAGUUUAAGUUUUUCUUUGUAAAUUUUUAGAAAUACAUGUACAAUAAACUCUGA